AUGAAUACGCGCAUGUGUCGAGGCUACCUUGGGGUUUUUGGUCCCAAAAUCGACGAAAUUGCCAAUGAAUAUACCCAAUCGUUGAUAGAUCAGAACGGGGACACGAAUCCACAGUUGAAGCGAGGCGAGUAUCAUAUAACAGUCGCGAGCAAACACGAACUUCAAGCACUACGCUCCAAUGGAACACUUGCUUUAGGCGAAUCAAACCCCAUUCCUAAGCUAGAUCAAUUGAAUAGCGCCUUAGAAAAAACAAACACAUCUCCAGUCAUUUAUGGCCUCGGAACUAACCGAAAGGGAGUUUAUUGGGUUACUGUCGUGUGGGCCUUAGGCCAACGAUUCCGCGCCCAGCUGGGCCUACCACCCAAACAAUUUCACAUUACCUUGACAUCUGUGGAUGAACACGAGAUAGACAAGGGACCAAGUAGCGUAAUUUGGGUCCACCCAUCACUCGCGAUUGUCGAAACUAUCCUUGGGCUUGAUAAUAUUGAUUCGACGAGCUCUUCUCAAACAGAGUUUCUUGCCUCUUUCAUACACGGUUUGCUUGCUCAGUACGAAUUUACCCUAGCGCAAUCUGCCGCAGAACUCUUGGUUAUGUCUGAGCCAACGAACCCACGAGGAUUUGUCUGUCUGGGAGACGUAUCUGUUCAACGCGAUCAUUGGAAGCUUGCUAUGCUAUGCUUUGGUAGCGCCCUAAGUUUAUACGUUUGUGAUCCCACAAAGACGGACCUCAAAACUGAUCGGAUCUCGUCUUACUGCCUCAAACAACUCCGCCGAUCUGCCGAAUUUACAGAUUGGGGCACCAUUUUCAUGAUCACUGGUUUAUUGAAUGACGAGACAGCUAGCGGGGAAUUUGAUGAACUACCCGCGAACUCUAUGUUGCGCAGUUAUCUUUGCCAGCCCUGGCCAGCACCUCUGAAGCAAUAUCUGCAACGUAUCUACGAGGAGUCUGACUCGAGUCAGUUGCCAAAGCGAACUUCGAAUUCACGAACCCGGGUAUUAACUUUGGUUCCGCACAAACCAAAGAGCACUGUCAUAUCCAUGAAUAAUGCCAAGGAUAUACCUUCCCCUCACGUCAAUGACAUUGUCAAUGUGGUAGCGAGUCUAGACAUAGGUGAACACGCACUCUCAACAACCCCGGAUCUUGGGUUGUUUCCCCGUUCUCCUGCUAAGGGACCGAUUUCUACGUAUGUCGGGUAUCGGCUGCCUAGGUUCUUCGGUUGGAUAAUACCGUUCUACAUGGCUUUGAUGUCUACCCCAAGAAAUGUGGAUGAUAUCGCUGCUCUAGCUUCUCCGAAUAUCGGCAUUCGUCAUAUUUUGACUUUAACGGAGGAGACACCAUUGCCAGAUACCUGGUUUCGCCAGGUUGCUGUUGCUCGCGUUCGACAUACAUAUGUCCCAAUCCCCAAUUACAAGCCACCUACUAUAGAGCAAAUGGACAUCAUUCUGAGACGUAUCCAUGAGCCCGGCGGUUCGCCUGUCCUUAUUCACUGUGGUGGUGGCAAGGGUAGGGCAGGUACAGUUGCCGCAUGCUACCUUGCAGCGUUUGGUUUCGGGCCUAUCCCGAUGAAUGCAACAAGUGACGCCACUCCGGCGAUGUCAGCAAACGCUGCGAUUGCUGCGAUUCGUUUGAUCAGGUCAGGUAGCAUUGAGACCGCCCAUCAAGAAGGUUUCGUCGAAACUUGGGUUAGCGCACUCUGGAAACGAAACAAACUUCUUCUACCACGUACGCUAGAGCCGCAUCCAACCCCACUUCUCAUCGAAGGUUCUGUAAAUUUAGGCACGGACUUGCUAGUCCUUUGCGGCCUUCCAGGAUCUGGAAAGUCCUGGUUCUCACAGGAAAUUGUGCGACGUGGGGGAUUUCUUGGGAAAGACUCAGGAGGUUCACGUAGUCCAGGUCGUUUGUGGCGAAUUAUUUCCCAAGAUGAGUCUAGGAGUAGGGCUACCUGCGAGACUGACAUAAGCCGCGCGGGACAGACAGGUUCCCGAGCUGUUCUGGACCGAUGCAAUCCUACCUCCGAAGAGCGUCGGCUGUGGAUCAAACUUGCUUCCUGGGCCCAACACCCCAUUGUUGUUUGGUUCGAUUAUAAACCUCAGUUAUGCAUUGAUAGGGCUCAAGACCGUGAGUCCCACCCUACGUUGACACCCGGCCCCCGGGUCCUCACUGCGGUGACUUCUAUGAAUCGAUCAUUUCAGCCUCCUUCCGAGUGGAAACUAGAAGGUUUUCAAGGCUUUGCGCACAUAACUAGCUUUGAGGCCGCUAUUGACCUUUGCAAAAUAGUCUGUCCGGCAGAAAUCUUAAAAUUUCCCCGAACUGCGCAUAUACUUGACUUGGGAGCGGCUACAAGUGACGAUGUUAUGGAGAAGUCCUCGUCUAGCACUCCCAUUCCGAUACGCGCGGGUGAACUCGUUGUGAUCACUGAAAAAAUUGACGGUGCUAACUUGGGGUUCUCGCUCUCACCAUUACGCGAAUUGCGGGUCCAAAAUCGCUCUCAUUAUGUCAACUCCCAUGAUCACCCUCAAUUUAGAAAGCUUGACUCUUGGAUCUCUUCUCAUCGCCAGGACCUCUACACGAUACUGGACCGUGAUGAUGCCUUCCCGGAACGAUAUAUUCUAUAUGGAGAAUGGAUGGCCGCUACGCAUUCCAUUUCUUAUUCCAAACUGGGCGAUUUGUUCUACGCAUUUGACUUGUUCGAUCGGGCAACGAACACGUUUGCUUCACGUAGGGCUCUCGAGGCUACCCUUAUCAAUACGAAUAUACAACUCACUCCUAUUAUAUGUACCGAUAAGGCCAUUCCAGCGAAUGACACCCUCGCAAAAAUGGUGCAACAGGAGUCUCGGUUCUAUCCGGGUCCCAUGGAAGGCAUUUACUUGAAGGUUGAAACCGAAUUGGCAGUACGGCAACGUGGCAAGGUGGUGCGUGCAGAUUUCAUUACUGGGAAUGAACACUGGGGUAAAGAGGAAAUGAGGUGGAAUACUGUGCUAAGACUUUCGUAG